UUACACAUAUCUUCUUCCUUUUUGGGCAAAUGUUAGCCAUAAUAAACGUUUUUGCAAGCCUAAAAUAAUUUGAAAAACAUCUCAAGACGAUCGACAUGUUAACCAUAAUUUAGGAAUAUUAUUUUUGUGAAUGUGAUAAACUAUGUGGCGUGACGUGAACCUCGAAUACACAAAAGAAGACAUGGUCUUUGUAGAUAGGUAAGGAGGAAAGUUGAUUGCAUUCAAAUUGGGUUGCUCCAAGGUGAGUGGGAUUCUUCUUCCGUGUGUAAGGAAUCUUCGCAGUUCGUGUUAGAUUUGUGUACCAGUGAAUAUAACUGCCACCAGAAACGCCAUAUCCUUUUUAUUUUAGUUCGUUUUCUGUGUGCAGAAGGAAACAGACAGUAAACAACUUUAUGUCUUUUAGUCAAACUCAGACAACAAGACUAUAUGAUGACGUCACCCGUGAUGAAUUUUAUCACAAACCCCAAAAAAGAAAGAAAGAGAGGCGAGUUGCAUGUGGUUCACCACGUGAUGUCGUGAUAUAGCCUAUAGGGCAUCAAUCGUAAUAUAUCUUUCGUUAAAUGCAUGUUACACCUAAAUUUCUUUUUUCGGCGGAUAUAUUUGUAUUUUUGAUUUAUGCAUGUUAAAUGUUGAAGUUAAAGCCAUGAUUCUUAUUUGCGGAAAAUGUAUAAGCUUUAUGAUGCAAAUAUAUAGUUUAUUCACAUCGGUCUACGAAGCUAUAAAUAAAUUUAUGAUGAACUUUUGCGCCAAUUUUUUUCCUUAAGAGCAUGAUUAACGCUGUACGGGUUUUUAUUUGAUUUUUUUUUGUCUGAUAAAAAAAAAGUCGAACCAAUCACAGACCGCCACGUAUCAGUGAGAUCUACGAACAGUGCAAGAAUUAAGUUAAACUCGGUCCUUAUAAAAGAUGUAGAAAACACGGUUCUUAUAGAAACAGUGGAACCCACCCUUUAAGAACCAAGUUAAUAAUCACCGUUAAUCAGUGGCGGAGCUAUGUGGGUGGGAGGGGGGUCAGCUGACCCCUGUGAUUUUUAUAAAACAUGAAUUUCACUUAUAUAUUUUAGGUAGUUUUCAGAAUAUUUCGUUAAAAACCUUUAGUUUGACCCCCAUAACUCAAAACUAAUUCUUUCUUUUGACCCAUUUUAAUAUCUUCUUAACAAUUUUACAUAAUUAGUUUAGUAAAUGACCCAUCUAAAAUGUGAUGCUAGCUCCGCCACUGCCGUUAAUUAUGUUCUAAUAAUUUUUUUUGAGCAAAUGAAUCACAUUAAUUUUACCAAAAAAAUGAAUCACAUUAACUGGGGUUCUUCUUUAGGUAUGGUAAAUCUUGUAUUCAAUAAAAUGAAUGAUUUGAUUAUCCGAAUCUUUCAAAAAAUGAUUUCAUUAUCGGAAAAUCAUAUAAAAAGCUAGUUUGAUAACUAAUUAUAUCGACAUCACAUUUGUUUAAUCCUACAUUAACCAAACUUAUUUUCUGAACAAAACCUAUAUAAACCAAACUUGUCCCGCUUAUGUAAUUUGUUACGUACCGCUAAGUCUGUUGUCACAAUUCAAUCAAUCACGCAUUAUGUUGAGUGAUCCAUCUUUUAUCCACCACUUGUUUCAUGUUUCAUAUGUUGAAAUUUCAUUUGUUUAUCCAAAUGUAUUUAUAGCUGAUGUAAACGUUAAUAUGUUGAAACACAAAUAAGAUCAUCCUAGAAAAAGAAAACAUCAAAUGUGCCAGCCGCAUGUCAAUAUUACAUAUUCCCCCUGGUCAUAUCUUUGACUUUUAUUAUUUUUUUCUCUAACCUAAAAGUAUUAUAUAAGUAUUGCACAAUUCAUACAAUCGGAAUUGACUUUCUUCUCCUCCAAACAUAUUUAUAUUCAACAGUUCCUCUCAAGAUCAUCAACUCAAAAAAUGGAUCCUAGAGACGGCGGAGAAACCCAUCAGGCCAAGUACAAAGGCAUCCGUCGCCGGAAAUGGGGAAAAUGGGUAUCGGAGAUUAGGGUUCCGGGAACUCGUGAACGGCUCUGGUUAGGCUCUUUCUCCACCGCAGAAGGAGCUGCCGUAGCCCACGACGUCGCUUUUUACUGCUUGCAUCGACCAUCUACCCUCGACAACGAAGCUUUUAACUUCCCUCACUUGCUGCAACCUUCCCUUGCCUCCAACACAUCUCCUAAGUCCAUACAAAAAGCUGCCUCCGACGCUGGCAUGGCUGUCGACGCAGGAUUCUCCCUUAACAACGACAGCGCGAGUGGUGGCGUGGAGGAAGGCAGCGAACGGGAAACGUUGAAUAUCUCCGUGUACGAUUAUCUAGAAGACGACGGUCGCAUUUGAUAUAUUUGAUUGAUAUCUACGAGCACCUUAUAUUAGUCAUUAAUAUAGGAUGUGAAUAGAAUUCGUUAUUUUUUUUUUACUUUUGAAUUUUAUAUUAUUGCCACAUGAGCUUUCAUUCCCCGGCUUAUUUUCUUAUGAUGUAAUUGUAGUCUUUCAUCAAGGAAACAAUAUUCUCAUC